ACUGCAUGAUGUACCAUGAGGUCUUCAUCCGACGGCUCAGGUAGCUGGAUCGCAAGAUCUCACCUCACGUGCUCAUCCCAUGCUAGUCGUCCCCUGCAUUUCCCUUUCUCCUCACCCUCACUCCCGAGCCGAACGCCGCCACCGUCCCCGAUCUCUGGCCGCUGCCUCCUCCGGCGACUGGAUCCGGAUCCCCCGCCCCCAAAACCUCCGCCGAGCCCCGAGCGUAGGGACCCCGCCGCCCCGUACCACUACCCCGCGCCCACCCCCGCUCCACCCGAGCCCCGACCGCACGGACGCCUCCGCCCCUUCCCACCAACUCCGGCUCCAUCCUUCACGCCACCGAAGCCGACGACGCUGCCUCCCCCCCGAUCCAACUCUGCCCCGAGCCCCAACCGCUGCAGCACUCCGACGCCCACGCCACCUCUGCCCGCUUUCCGUCAAGCUCAGAUGGUGACGGCGGUGAGGGCACUUGGGCUCGCCGGACGAGCGCUGCUGCGACCGGUUGCCUCAACAGGAACCCAACGGCUGCUGUCGACUGACAAGAACUCACUGCAGGGCCUUACGAACGGCGAUCCGGUGAGCCGCCUCAUGCAAACACGGAAGCAGAAUGACAGCAUUUACCGUCGCUUUGCUGAAAACGAUUUCACAGGCGGCGGUAGCAGGUCUGGCCGAUUAAACAUGGAAAUAACGUGGACAGCGGCUCUGCGAGUAAAGAUAGAUGUUCUACGCAUCACACCCAAGGAGAAAAAGACCUUUGUGACCGUUAAGGACGUCAAGGAGAACAGGAAGGCCCGGGCUUCUGCUGGCUGCUUGGAGGAUCGAAAAGGGCGGUCUCGUCUUGCUCGGUAUGCCGGUGAAGCAACAGGGGAACACAUGGGGCGAUCCGCCAGCAAGAUUGGCCUCAAAUCAAUUGUCGUGAAAGUGAAAGGAAGUUCCUUUUUCAGGAAGAAGAAGAAAGUGCUCUUGAGCUUUGCAGCCGGUUCCCGUGGUGCAAGAGUGAGGAGCCCUUCUCCUAAAUAAGGUUAACAAUAGACCUGCAGGAACAAGCAAGAAGAGUGAAAAUCAAUAUCCUGCCCGAAGGAGAAGCAAAAAAGAUCGACUGGUUCCCUAAUAACAUCAUGAGCCUACAAGUAUUUAUGAUUAUUAGCCAGUCUUAGAUCGACUCUUGUAAGACAUAACCAUUUUGUCAUUUCCUGUAAUCCUGCUGAAUUGAUGGCUUUGUUUUGAUACGACAUUUUUGCAGUUCCCUCUUUUUGUGGAUUAUUCCUUGUUUAGAGCACUGCAAGUGUAUGUGUUGAGAUGCUACUAAGCAGUAAUGUUAGGAUGCAAACUUGUUAUCUCA